AAAUCAAUCUCGAAAUCAUGACGAGUUUCCUAGGUUCUAACAAAGGUCUAAUAGACUUUGACCAGAAGAGUCUUGCUGUCGCUGCUGCAUCAAUUGCAUUCAAUCCCAUCUUUUGGAACACUGUGGCUCGCCAAGAAUACCACAACAAAGUCUUGACGAAGCUCGCGGGCGGCAACUCGCUACGAGCAUGCUACGGACUUGCCAUCACGAUCUUCUCCCUGGGCAUCUUCCGUGACUUCCUUUACGAACGAGCCCUCCGCGACCAACCUGCACACCCCCUCCUCGACACCGCAGUCUCAACCUACAUCGCAUACGCUCUCAUGGCUGCCGGCAAUGUUCUCGUUCUCUCUUCUAUGUGGGCACUUGGUCUCACUGGCACAUACCUUGGCGAUUACUUUGGCAUCUUGAUGGACGAUAUUGUGACUGGUUUCCCUUUCAAUGUCACUGCUUCGCCCAUGUACUAUGGCUCUACGAUGACCUUCCUAGGAUCCGCUCUCUGGUAUGGAAAGCCGGCAGGUAUUCUGCUUACCGCAGAGGUUCUGAUUGUGUACUUGAUUGCUUUGCAAUUCGAAGAUCCUUUCACCGCCGAGAUCUAUGCUAAGCGGGAAAGACAACGCAAGAGUGGAAAGAAGGAGUUGUAG